AUGUCCGAGCACAUCCGAGUUGUCUUCAAUCUUUUCCCCCCGUGGGUGUACCCGGCGGCACUGCCGGACGGCCGUAUCGAGCUGGAGGGCAUGUUCGGCUCCCUGGUUGACAAUCUGACCUAUUCUCUGAAUCUGACCUACGAAGCGUCUAUACCUUCCGACGGACUGUACGGACAUAAGUUCGAGAACAACACCUGGUCCGGAAUGCUGGGGGCCCUAGAUCGGGAGGAAGCGGAUCUCGCGGUCGGGCCCUUCACUCUGGAUCACGAUUUGUUCAUGGAUUUCGAUACGAUGCCGAGUUGCGAAUACACGUUCAUCACGGCCCUCACAGGAAUGAAAAAAGCGUUCGAAACCAAACCCACGCCGUACACGAAAGCGUUUCAGCCCAUAACCUGGGUUUGCAUCGCCGCAUCAAUUUCGCUACUAUCGAUAUUGAUCACCGGCGAAAGAUGGAUUCUCGGCGGCGAGGUGACCUUCUGGAGUGCGACUUCGGACAUCUUCACCAUGAUGCAGACUCUGCUCCAAGAAUCGACCAAGGACCGCUUCAAUUACUUAUUUGCCAGAAUCAACGGUGGCAUAUGGAUCAUCGGGAGCUUUCUUCUGAUGCAGUUCUUCACUCAAGACUUGAAGGCCAACAUGGUGGUUAAGGCACCGACGAUGCGCAUCAGCUCUCUAGAUCAGAUCGUCGAGAAGAAAUGGUUGCAAAUCGCUUAUCCUAUACAAUCCCCAAUCGGUUCGAUCUUGGAAACGACGCCUGGAGAGUUUGGGGACAG